AUGGAGUGCUGUGUUGGAACGUACGACUUGUACGAGCAACUUGCGCUUGUCGUCAUAGUUCAUCUGAGCGAGGGAGUCGACGGUCUUGCGCAGGGAAGUAUCACCUUCGGUGUAGCGCGGCACCCCCAAGUCUUGAAGGAGCAGAUUGCAUCCCACACUCCAUCACUUUCGACGGCCAAACAGACGACCAUGGGCAAAUCCAAUCCAACCCGGAACUGCUGGAAGUCAGAAUGGCCCGAGAUGUCCUUCAUAUUGCACGUGUCGCGAUGGCGGAGUCGCCGUUGUUACGUUGUUUUAUUUGUAAGUCCUGGAACUGUGCCUGUGACAUUGCGUGUUGACGAGCAGAACAUUCAACACAGAAGAUGUUGCAUGCGAGUUGUCCUUCUUGGCUUGCCAGUCGAUGGCGUAUCUAUGAAUGAACAGCAGAUUAUUGGUCAGGAAUACUCGUUCCAACAGCUUUGUCACAGACACCUUGGAAGUUCUUUACAUUGGGUAGUGCUCCGUCUAGUACGCUACCCCUGCACUGAAAUUACCCCGUCAUUGCUGGGUGAACGAUCACAUGUGAAGUCACGUUACUUGACGCACCCACAACGUACAUCUUCAUCCAUCUAUCGGGAUUCGUCUACGAUGACUUACAUUCUGUCGACGCUACGCCAAACUGUCUCAUCCACGGCGGAGAGUUGGCCAAGGCCCAAGAAAGAUCGUUACGCGACGCCUUUUGAAGAUAGCAAAACAUCGCGUAGAAAAAACAUCGCGGCACAGAGUGACGUCUAUCAUAAGUUGGAACCAGAACCGGCAAAGAGCAUUGGGUCCCUUGAGUUUGAAGUCCGACUCCGAGGACAUGCCUUUGAUCGAAUACUGAAAUCCUGGCUGAUACGCAAGGCGCACCGUACCCCACCUAGCUACGUCCUCCUCCAGCCUGUCCUUCGGAUCUUCUUCAAGUCCCCAGAAAGGGCUACGCAAUCCGCGCUACACGCCCUUUUCCUCCCAACGCCAUUCAAGGUCCCCGUGCAGUUGACCCAAGUUCCCGACGCGAUGCCUGAAAAAGGGUUGAAGCCCGGCACAUUGUACCGAGAAUGUGCUGUCGCCACCUUGCAGGCGUCUGUUCCCGAGAAACUUGCGUUAUCGGACCCGAAGGCUUCCUCAUCGCCGAAGGCAACUGAGGGGAACGCUGGAGAAGAGGUAUUGGAGAUCCCGGGCGCUGGCCGCGACUGGAAGCAACUUGGGUCCCCAGAAACCACUGCGUCCACCCGCCUCGUCCAUCGCAGCGGACAACUACGUGACGACAUUCUCGACCCAAAACUGGUAUCACGCCUUCAAAACAUUGCGAUUAUGCGAAAUCAUGCAGUGGCAAUGAAUGCAGAAGCGCAAGGUCACGUCUUGACAUCUGAAAUGGAACAAACACAGUUAGACUUUCUUGCGUUUCAAAACUCUAGAGCUCCAGCGGCCGCAGCCAACUUCACCGCAGCUCUUAGUUAUGUCCCGAAAUUCCCGCUGUGCGCUUCAGUCGUUUCGAAUCUCCGACAGAUCCACGACAAACCUGACGAAGGUCACGCAUUGAAGCAACAGGAGAUGCGACUUCCGAGCCGAAGCCUCUUCCUUCGUCGUUGCAUCUCCUGGACUUGA